AUGUUGCAAGAGAGGGGCGAGCGAGUGAGUGGGGGGAGGGAGAGGGGGGUCAGUGUAGGGGAGGCGCGUGAGAAAGGUGUGAGUGUGAGGGUGGAGAGUGGGAGAGGUGUGAGUGGGAGGAGGGAUUAUGAGGAAGAGGAGGAGGAAGAGGAGGCGAAAGAGGGGGAAAAAGAGCAUGUGGUGGAGGUGGUGGGAGAAGAGAAGGAUGAGGAGGAAGAGGAGGGGGAGGAUGAAGCUGGUGUGAUCGAGGUUUCAGACACAGAUGGUGAGAGUGAGGAGCAGGGGAAAGAAGAAGGCCAGGAGGAAGGUGGGGAGGGAGGUGGAGGGGAAGGUGGGGAGGAAGGUGGAGGGGAUGGUGGGGAGGAAGAGGAGGUGUAUGGGAGCGUGGAAGAGGCUGACGUGGACUGUCCAAUCUGCGGCUGCCACCUGUCCCAUCUGGAGCCAAUCAGACGCGAGCAGCACUCCAACGCAUGCCUGGAUGCCUGGGGACGGGACAGGGGGGAAGAAGAGGAGACAGAGACUUGCAAAAUGGGAGCCGAUACCGAUGCCAGGGGAAGGGACAGGGGGGAAGAGGAGGCGAAGAUGAGGAGGGAGCGGAGGGAGAGGAGGGAGGGGGAGGACGAAGAGAGAGGAGAGGGAGGGGAGGGAGAGGAGGGAGAGGAUGCGAAUUCCGCAAUGGCUAGGAUGUUGUGGAAGAGGAUAGAUGCGGGUGGCAUGGGGAUGACGAUGGGGGCAUGGAGGAGGAGAGAGACGGUGGGGGUGAGGGGGGAGGAGUGUGAGGGAGAGGAGGAGGAACGGGAGGGGAAGGGCAAGGGAGAGAAGGGAAGGGGAAAGAAGGAGAUGGAGGACAUGGAGGAAACGGAGGAGGAAAGGCAGCAAGCGGGUGGACAAUCAGGUGGAAAUUCAGGGGAUGUUUCAGGUGGUUUAUCAGGUGCUGUUGGCGCCAAAAAAAACUAA